CAGCAGCCGAGCCUCAGGCACCGGGAGCGCGGAGCAACGUGCCCACCAGCUCGCCAGACCAGAUCUCGGGGAGCCACACCAUUCCACAGGAAAGUCCAGCUCUAAAUCAGGAAGGAGGUCAUUCUCAUCAUGACAGAUGACAAAUGGCAGGUGAAGACCUCUUGGGAAGUCCCGUCUUUUGAAGUGACUUAUGGGGAGAGUCCUUUUGAUCAGCAGUGUCUGCUCGACCUCACAGAAGGGCGCCCCUGGGCUCGGCUUUCCUGCACGCCUGCUCCUUCAGGGAUGGAGGCUACGGCGGCCAGCACUUCCCUGCCUGACCCUGGUGACUUUGACCGGAAUGUGCCUCGAAUCUGUGGGGUGUGCGGAGACCGAGCCACGGGCUUUCACUUCAACGCCAUGACCUGCGAAGGCUGCAAAGGCUUCUUCAGGCGCAGCAUGAAGCGAAAGGCAUUGUUCACCUGUCCUUUCAACGGGGACUGCCGCAUCACCAAGGACAACCGCCGCCACUGUCAGGCCUGUCGGCUCAAGCGCUGCGUGGACAUCGGCAUGAUGAAGGAGUUCAUCCUGACGGACGAGGAGGUGCAGCGGAAACGAGAGAUGAUCAUGAAGAGGAAGGAGGAGGAAGCCCUGAAGGACAGCCUGCGGCCCCGGCUGUCGGACGAGCAGCAGCACAUCAUCGGCAUCCUGCUGGACGCCCACCACAAGACCUACGACCCCAGCUACGCCGACUUCAGCCAGUUCCGGCCUCCGGUGCGAGGGGCUGAGGGUGGAGACAGCCAUCCCAGCAAGUCGCUCUCGAGACACAUGCCCAGCUGCUCCGGGGACUCGUCCUCCUCCUCCUGCUCCAAUCAUUGCAGCACCUCCCAAGACGUGAUGGGGACGGCCAGCCUCUCCAACCUGGAUCUGAACGAAGAGGAGUCAGAUGAGUCUUCCGUGACCGUAGACCUGUCCCACCUCUCCAUGCUGCCCCACCUUGCUGACCUGGUCAGUUACAGCAUCCAAAAGGUUAUUGGCUUUGCCAAGAUGAUCCCAGGGUUCAGAGACUUGACCUCUGAGGACCAGAUUGUGCUGCUGAAGUCAAGUGCCAUCGAGGUCAUCAUGUUGCGCUCCAACCAGUCCUUCACCAUGGAUGACAUGUCCUGGACCUGUGGGGGUGAGGACUACAAAUACCGCAUCAGUGAUGUGGCCAAAGCCGGACACAGCUUGGAGCUGAUCGAGCCACUCAUCAAGUUCCAGGUGGGGCUAAAGAAGCUGAACUUGCAUGAGGAAGAGCAUGUCCUGCUCAUGGCCAUCUGCAUUAUCUCUCCAGACCGUCCUGGAGUGCAGGAUGCUGCACUGAUUGAGGCCAUCCAGGACCGCCUGUCCAACACUCUGCAGACCUACAUCCGCUGCCGCCACCCGCCCCCAGGCAGCCACAUGCUCUAUGCCAAGAUGAUCCAGAAGCUGGCUGACCUGCGCAGCCUCAACGAGGAGUACUCCAAGCAGUACCGCUACCUCUCCCUGCAGCCCGAGUGCAGCAUGAAGCUCACACCCCUCGUGCUGGAGGUGUUUGGCAAUGAGAUCUCCUGACUACAGCAGCCGGUGAUGGUGCCUGGGUGGGGCUGCUCCUCUGGGAACCUGGGCCUGGGCCUAAGGCUGGCUGCUGCCCGGCAGCCCUUCCUACCCACUCUGGAGUACAGCCCCUUCUCUCCCACCUCUUCUCCCUGUCCUGCCCGUCCUCUCUCCUGCCCAACCUAAUACCAGGCCCCUGCUACCUGGAGGCCACAGGCUGACCCCAGUCAUCAAGACCUCAGUUGUGAGGAGUUGUGUUUAUUUGACAGGACUGAAAUGGGGGCAGAGGGCAAAGGCUAAAGGUGGGGCCUUACCUGUUAAUCCCAGAAGUAGUUGCUGGCUGGUGCCCAGGGAUUAGGCAGGCAGGAAAAAUAUUCCUCAGGGAGAGAUACCUGGACCUUCCCCCAGUUCAGGUCCAUUUGUCCAGACCCUGGUGGGGAUCCCUCUCCCCUUGCUCUACCCAUGAUCAAGAACUGGCCACCACCCCCACUUUACCCCCACCUCGUCCUGCCUCCGCGCUGUGCGUUCUGUUCCAGGGCACCGCGCCUCGAUGGGGCCUUCCCCCCCUGCCUUCCUCUCCCUGGCCCGUCUAGGAAACUCACUGCCAAGGAUGACCAACACCAGGGUGACUGAGCUCAAAGUCACCCUUUACCCACCUCUGCUGGCCAAAGUGCACUUGCCUAACCCCCGGACCCCACCUUCGUCCCGUCACCAUGGUAACAUUCUCCUUGAAAGCAGCUAUGGUGAGGGGGCUUUCUCCCCAUGGCCCACAACCCACCUGCUCAGAGACCCAAGGAGGGAAGAAAGCAGGGCCCAGGUGGUGGGGGACAGGCAAAGCCAGCCUCAUAGAACAAUGGUGGAUGGUGGCCCCAGCUGUCCCUGUCACCAACCCCAUGGCUUCGCAGCCUGGAUCUGAGAGUUAGUUGAGGCAGGAGCUUUUCUUCCAACAAUCUGCAUGGCAGGACUGAGUUGCCCCCAGGUUGCAGGAAAGCAAUGGGCACCACCCUCCCCCGCCCCUGCCAGUGCCUUACCUCCCACCCUAGAAAGAGAACCUGCCGCAGGCUCCGGGGCCCUCCCACUCUGGCCGCAGAUGCUGUUGGGGCUCCGCUCUAGGAUGGCCAAGGGUGACCCAGAGACUGGCCCAGUCUCCCAACCGCCUCACAGUCCAGAGAAGCAGUGCCCGCUCUGCUUACCAGUGGGGCCACGUCUUUUCCAGCUGGUGGGAUGGGAUGGAGGUGAUGAACUCCCAGACCCCAACAGCCUAGGGCACACCCUCCCUGCCCACCUAGGUGUAGUUCUCAGGCGGCUGUUCCCCCAGAAACCCAGGAGCUGGUGCUCCAAGACCUCAGGGUGUGGACCUCAGGGAGAGUCAGAGCGCAUUUAGGGGUGGAGUCCUGUGGGGCUGGUCCCCUUCUUAUUCUCUCUCCACCACCCAAAGUCAGAAGGAGCCCUGGGGGCAGGGUGGGAGGUGGGGCGUAUAACUUCAAACUCCACGUUCUUCAUAGCCAGACCCCCCCAGGAGGUGGAAACUCCAGGUCUGUUCACUCCGGGGUGGAGUCUCUUAGGGAGUGAGUUGUAGGUGUGUGGGACCAAGGCCAAGAGGGUUCUUCCGGGACCCUGGGAGUUUGGGGAACGUGGCCAUAUUCCAUGUCUUGUCACGGAGGAGUUCACGUCAGUAGGAUGUCCCUCCACCUGCCUCUGUCGUCCCCGGGGAACCCGGGAGCGACAGGACUUGCCAGGGUCGUCGGUGUCCUCAGGCGGGAGGAUGUGCCACAGCCUGUUCCUGAGGACGGAGUGCCACCCUUGUGGCCGAGCCUUGUGUUCAUUAGAUAUGAGUUGUUUUUAGAAUCAGACUCCAUUUUGUACUGCAUUCUAAUGUAGCGGGUAGUAGGCACCAAUGAUUAAGAGAUAUUUAUGGGGGGGAGAACUUAUAUUGUGAAAAUUCUAUACAUUAAUUAUUAUUGCUGUUGUCGUUGUUUUAGAAAUUAGGGGCAGACCCUUGUUGUUUGAUUUGAGCUGUAAAAUAUAUUGGUCUAGCUUGCUAUUCAGUGGGGAAAAAGGGUUAAAAAUCGCUAAAGUCAUCCAACCCCGUUUUUAAAGAGCAUCGGCACUCGGAGGAGGCGCCACUCACCCCAACCCGUGUAACUAGUUCGAAGCAGCACCGGCCUGGACCCAGGCGCUGGACCUGUGGUCCUGCCCCCUUUUCACUGCGCUUGCGCCCAGACCCCACUUCCCAUUUCUGAGCCUAGUCUUUGAGGGAAGUGCUAGAUUUUAGGCAGAGCACAUCUAGAUCCCACCACCCUGCCUUCUUUCCCUGAGUUGCCACCUCACUGACCCAUCAGGAGGGUGGGGGACACCUCAGCUUGUGUCUCAAUGUGAAUCAGAGCUCCCCCACCCCCCAGUAUGGCCCUGGCCAGGUGGGAUCUCAAUGUUGUUGCCUUAUCAGUAAAGUCUUUGUGACGUCUCCACCUUCCCAGCUCUUCCAGGCAACUGUCGACUGGCCCCGCCUCCUCCAGGCAUCCCCAGCAGACACAGGGACAAUGCCAGUUCUGCAGCCCUGGGCCCGCCGAAGCCCUGCCCAUUCCCAGAGGGAAGUUUGGGAGCUGGGAGGGGCAAAAGAGAGGAACAGCGAGGGUCUCAGGGCUGAAUUGGGAGGAAAUAUGAUUAUCACUUAUUUUGCUUUGGAAUGAGAGAAGGUGAAGGUGGAUGUUUAUAAAUCUAAACCUUUUAAAGAAUAUUACUAGAAACCCUGGAAAGUGUGUGCACCAAAAUGCCAAAUAAACAAGACCCCAGGAGACAGCUGCUGCUGCCUAACUGGAAACAAGGGGAGAAUCCAAGUGCGGCCAGCAGAGAAGACUGGAAUGUAUGAGACUCAGUGAAAGCUGGGAAUGACGAGGCAGAAAAGCAGACUUUAAAGAGUGCCUCCUGCGUUAUUUCCAAAGAAUAAAAAAUGUUUGCCAGAAAUAAUGAAGAGAGCUUUGCUUAUGGUAAUAAAGAAUGGAUCAUAUUUACAUAGCACUUACUUUGUGGCAAGUACUGCUGUAAAUAAAUGCUUUAUGCAGACCAAGUCGCUUUAUUCUUAUAAGGACCCCAGGGGAGUGGACUGCCAUCACCCUCAUUUGUCAGAGGGGAUAACUUGCCCAAAGCCACACUGGUGCAGAGAUGGAAUUUGAACCCUUGGCGGCUGGCUCCAGAAGCCUUUAAUGAACUACUACACUGUGCUGUUUCCUCCUGAGUGGAGUGACCCGACAGUCACAGUCUGGCCAGCUGUCUACCCUGGAGCAUGUAAGGGAGAUGCCCCUCCCUAACGGAGGCCCUGAGAUGGGAGAACUGGAGGGGCUGGUUCCAUCAGUGCUCAACUCUCGGGAUGCAUCCAGUCAUAGGGACGGGCUCCCAUCAGGAAGGGCAACCGAGCAGUCUUGGGAAAAUGUGUCUUGUCUUCGAAAUGGCUGCUGUGCCAGUGACGGAGGAUCGCCAAUGACUUCUGCGCAUAAACAGGAUUCCUGAGGGACCCAGAGGACCCGAUUCACCCAGCUCUGCUUCCCAAGGAAGUGGGGUUUAUGAUACAGGGAAGCAUCGCUAAACACAGCACAAAAAUAACCCACCAAAACACACGGUAAUCUGCAAGUGGCAAAGUCGUGCCCAGACUGUGGGUAUAUUUAGGGUAAAUUGGCCUGGGAACCUGGGGAUGUGAUUUACUUUACCAAAGUAUCUGCAAAGCUGUCCAAACUACAGGUUUUAAACCGAGUGUGUCGUUGGGGGUGAGGUGGGAGUAGAAGAACUGCGGGCAGGGCUUGUGGGCUGUUUUGUCAUGAAAAAACAGAUGGACUUAGAAACGGCUGCUUAGAUGCAUGGGUCUCUGGCAGGAGAAUUGUGAAGGUGAAAUUCCUAGGAGCUGUUAGGAGAAUCUUAUUUAGCAUUUUAUAGAUGCUCUGGAAGAACAGAAAGUCUCCAAGCCUGUGGGUUACAGUAAACUUUUUCAGGUAAGCUGAGAGGAAUGCCCCUGGAAAACCUUAUAAUUAGGAUAACGUGAUUUUAAGUUUUCACAUUCCAAGCUCUGGUUUUACCCGUAUGCUGUUCAAUAAAGUAGCCAUGUGUGAUUUUUUCAAUGAAUUAAAAUGAAAUAAAAGCAAACAUUUAGCUCUUCAGACACACUAGCCCCAUUUCCACUACUCAAUGGCCCCAGGGCUCCCGGAAUCGACAGUGCAGACACGGAACAUUUCUGUCGUGGCAGAGAAGUUCUGUGGGGCAGCACUGGACUGCUCAGCACCUGCUCGCCUGGUACUCAUCGUGGAUCAUAUGCUCCUGUCGAUCUGCUGGGCAGAUAACCGCCAAAGUGUUCAACCUCACCUAGAAGGGACAUAGCGAAUCUCCUCCCUUUACAUCAAGUGAUGCUGCUACUGGAUGCUGCGAACAGGUCUCUCAAAAGUGGCAGAAAGGGAAAACAUCUCACAAGGCCGUGAGGCAGAAACAGGUCAGUGGUGUGCAUGGACACACCGAUUCUGGGGCCAAGCCAACAGGGCCUGCCUGGAGUGGCUGGAGCCCCCAGGACUAUAUCUCAGCUUCUGCUGGAGCUCCUUGGAGGCUGUCUGUGCGGUGUGGGGUCUUCCAAAGGGGAUGAAUGACAUCUCACGCUCUCAGCACGUCUAAGGGGAUGCCCGCCAACAUCCUAUCAGACAUUAGCUCUCAUGUGGGCAAGAAGCCUGUGAAGCUGCUGAAGGUGUCUGUGCUCCAAGUGACCAAGAAGCACAGCAGGGUGUGCAGCAGUGGCUGCUGGGGGCAUUCGGGAGGUGGGGGGCCCUGCUGCAGGCAGCUGCUCUGAAUUUCUAUUCAGCCAUGUCAUACAUUAUACAUGAGGUAAUGUUGCAAGUUGGGUUCCAGGUUCCGAGGAAGCUGACUCUGAAAAGCAGGUUGAAGUGCAAGACGUUUACUGGGGAGAAGGUCACCAGCUCUGGUGGCAGGGAAGGAAGUAGCAUCAGGUAGAGAGGGGACAGUUGGGCUGCCGUCCCUUUUCUGCAGAGGUCUCCACCAACCCUCAUGGGAAUUCUGAAACUGGGAUGGCCCUUGCCAAGUUUUUUUUGUUUG